AUGGUGAAAGUCAAACUCGUACAUGGGACCUAUAAAGACUUCAUCAGCUGCAAACCGGUGUUCUUCAACGGAACCGGUGGAAUCAUUGCUCUAUCUCAAUGGUUCGAAAGAACAGAGGCGGUCUUUGAGAUUUGCUCCUGCCCAGAAGGAAGCAAAGUAAAAUUUGCUUCCUGCACCUUCUCUGAAAGGGCCCUGACAUGGUGGAAUUGCCAUGUCAAGUCACUCACACCGGUAGUGGCUAACGCUAUAGGCUGGGAGACACUGAAGGAUCUAAUGACAAAGGAGUAUUGCCCGAGGGGCGAGGUGCAGAAACUCGAAGAGGAAUUGUGGAGCCUUAAGAUGAAGGGUUCUGACAUGGUGGCCUAUACAGCCAGAUUCAGUGAUCUGGUGACUCUAUGUCCAAACAUGGUCCCCACAGAAAGCAAGAAGAUCGAGAGAUACAUCUGGGGUUUGGUACCCCCGUAUCAAGGAAACGUUCUAGCAUCGAACCCUGUGACCUUUGAUAGUGCCAAGCAAUUGGACCAAAGGCUUAUCAAUCACGGGGUUCCUCCUCCGACAACAACUACAACGGCUAUCUCAACACCAACCAAAGCAGUCAACAACAAGAGAAAGCAUUGGGACCGAAAGAAGGGCAAAUCAGCUCAACCUUCUUCCAAGAACCAACAGGUUGUGGCUGUCCAUGUAGCCACAACUCCUGUUGCCCCUAUACCAACAAAGCCAUAUGCAGGGAAUCUACCCAAGUGCACCAAGUGCAAUUUCCAUCAUAAUGGCCCCUGUCGAGAAAUGCACUGCACCAACUGCGACCGGAAGGGCCAUACUAUCCGGUUUUGCAAAGCACCACCAAGGCCCAUCACCUAG